UUUACAUUCAGACGCACUGUCUCUUUUGCUGAAGACUUUGAUGGAGCAUCAUGCCACACAUACUCUUUUCCAUCUCUCUGCUGGUAUUCUCAUUUUUUAUCCCUGGCCCUGUUUAUGCUAAAGAUUUUCACUCGUUCAGAUAUCCUAUCAACAAUAUUGCGGUUGGAGAACAACGAGUCGUAGUUGCCACUGAGAACUGUCUGUAUUUAUUUGAUCACACCUUGCACCUGCUGUCAGCGGUAGGACAAAGGGAGAACGAUAGUACGGAAUGUAAGGAGACUGAAGGAGGAAGAACCUCACUGGAUCAGGCUAUCACCAACUAUAACAUGCUACUACUUGUUUACAAUGAAACUGUGCUGAGUUGUUGGAGUCGAAAGGGGAUUUGCAAUGAGAGAGGACUUGAUCAAGUAGAGAAAAUUAGCACAUAUUCGGAAAAUGUAGUGUACUGUGAUCCACAACAUCCUGCUGUUGGGUUUGUGCAUUCUACAAAUCCAUUCUAUUUAUUUGUUGCAACAUAUGCACAUGGAAGAGAUUGCAAGCAUGAGACUGUAACGCGUUUGAAACAUGUAUCACUAAGGUUAAAGGAUAACAGCAAACUUAUAAUCAACAGUCUUGAUAGCUUUGCAUUUGUGAAGAAUGCAAUGCAUUUUGUAGAUGGCUUUUUAUGGGAAAACCAUAUGUUUUUUUCAUACUAUCUUUUAAAUGGUGGGUAUGCACGAAUGGCAGUCUUAUCAAAAAUGUUUAAUCGAAUUGCAGUAGAAUUUCAAGCAAGAGUCAAACUUGUAUGUAAUAAUAAAGAACCACUGGAAGUUAUCUUGUCUUCUGCCGAGUUCUCUAUUUCUGGAAAACACUUUUGGGCUGGGAUAUUCACCUCUAGAAACAAAAUGAUAUCAACGGAAAAUACAGCACUUUGUAUCUUCGAUUUGACAGCUAUAAAACAAGUCAAAAAUAAUUGUUCAGAUGAGGACUUUACAACAGACGAGGACGCUAAAAAUAAGGACGUUAACCAUGUGGACCUUACAUCAUGUGUUGACAAUAAGCAAUUACCCAUAAAUGAGAGAAUAACACUGUCCCAUGGAACCCUAUCGGCUGUGUAUGCUGUUGAAGUAAAUAAAAGAAUGGUAUUCUUUCUCGGAACCGGAAAUGGACAAGUACUUAAGGUUAACUUGGAUGCAAACUUGACGGCAAGCUGCCCAGAAGUAAUAGAUGUCUUUACCAAUGAGACCUCAGUGUUCCGUACGAUUGCACCAGAUCCAGUUAAUAGCUCUUACAUAUAUGUAGCCACCACCAAUCAGAUAAAGCGAAUAAAAGUGGAAACCUGUAUACGUUUUACCUCUUGCGCGGAGUGUUUAUCAGCACAGGAUCCUUACUGUGGAUGGUGUCAUUCUGAGAAAAGAUGCACUUCAAAAACAGAAUGUGAUUCAUCAGCAUCCGCUGUAAACUGGGUUGGUAUUGCAGAUAACAGAACGUGCCUGGAAAUCAACGCUGUUCCCAUUGAUAAUACACAGGUUAAUAUAACAGUAAAAGAAAAUACGGGAUUCAUUACUAAAAACACCAGCUGGAAAUGUGCGUUUGAGAAGUUGGGACUUAAAGCAAAGCUUUGUACAGAACAGUACAAAAUGGGUUGCUCGUGUUUACUUUCUACAAAUAAGUGGUCUGAUAAAGAUCAGGUUAUCAUUGAAAUCACAUCAAGCAAUGCAAUUCGUACUGAGAUUUACCAGUUUGAAAGAUGCUCCCGUUUGCAAAGCAGGUGCUCGGAGUGUAUCAACAGCGGAUGUUUAUGGUGCAACAAAGAUUUUAAAUGCAGAUCUCCACUAAAUCCAUGUAACAAUUAUGCAAACUUGACCAGUUGCAUGGAUCCGAGCACACCAGUUAUAUCUAAAUAUCAGGUCAAUAUAUCUUUAGAACAUGACCGAAUUUCAGUUUUUGGGAAGCAAAACGUGUCGAUUUCAGGUCAACACCUUGAGAAUGUAUCAAAACUGGUCUUAAUAGGCACCAGUAUUUGUAACCCAGAACAAGUGGACGUAUUCCCCAUUAAUAAUACACACGCCAAGAUCUCAUUUCCGCCAAGUCAUAGAGAAAUCAAGGGUCUCUGUCUAAAUUAUACUGGAUCUAACUGCAUUAAGGCAAAGACUAUUUAUUAUGUAUCACCACCAGUUUGUUUUCAUAUAUCUCCUAACACACCAUGGGUCGGCGGUGGUCGCAAAAUAUCUAUAUUUGGUAGAAAUCUGGACAUUUUGGACAAGUUACUGAUACAGUACAAUGAAGGCAAAGACAUUCAAUCUAACUGUAACAGUGGAAGUUGCUCGUUUGAGGCCCCAACACAUACUGCAACAGACACCAAAGUUGAGGUGAAGAUACUAGUUAACAAUGACAACAUAGAAUGUGGAACUUUAUUGUACAAGCCAAACCCCACUUUUAAAAGCUUCUCCGUACUCCAUGACGUAAAUGAUGAGGUGGAAUUCCAAAUAAAGAAAAAAAAUGAUGAUUUAUAUGUUCAGAAAAAUGAAAUUCAAGUAAAAAUAGAUUACAUAAAUAGCACCUAUGAUUGCACAGUGCAUAAUAUAACACAAAAUGCUGAUGAAAGUACUGUGUUGUGCAAAAUGCGUAAGCCAUCGAAAGAUAAAAUUAAGGAGAAUAAGGUUAAAGUAACGGUCAUUAUGGGAAACUUUACCAAAACCCUGGAAAUCAAAAAAGAUCGAUUGGGAUUAUACUGGUUUAUUCUUCUGGUCAUUCCACUUUUGCUUAUUGUAAUUUUGGCUGCCUGCUUUAUAACCAGAUACAAAUCCAAACAGUUAAGCAACAAGUUGAGCAAACAAGUUGAACAGCUGGAAUGUCAGAUCAGACAAGAAAUACGUGAUGGAUUUGCUGAAUUCCAAAUGGAUAAAUUGGAUUUGAAAAUUCAAACGACAAGAACAAUUCCUUUCUUUGACUACAAGCAUUUUGCUCUGAAGAUUUUAUUUCCAGAGUUAGAAGGAGGGAAAAUGGACUUCAGUGAAAAACUGUUUGAAAAUAUCCCAUCACCAUUCCAAAGCAGACGACCAACAGAGGAUAAAGAAACGUUAUCUGUUUUGAAGACACUGUUUGAAAACAAGAGUUUCAUGAUCCACUUGAUCCAUACCUUGGAAAAACAGAGCAGUUUUACAAUUAAAGACAGGUGUAUGUUUGCAUCUUUCCUUACUAUUGCCUUCCAGAAUAAUCUAGUUUAUCUAACCGAAUUGAUGGAAGAUUUGAUCAGACAUUUAAUGGACCAACCAAGCAAUAAGCACCCUAAACUUUUGCUCAGAAGGACUGAGUCUGUUGUGGAAAAAUUAUUGACCAACUGGAUGUCUACUUGCCUAUACGGCUUCCUAAGGGAAAAUGUUGGAGAACCUCUGUACAUGCUUGUCCAAACGCUAAAUCAAAGCAUACACAAAGGCCCCAUAGAUGCAAUAACAUGUAAAGCGCUCUAUACUCUGAAUGAAGACUGGCUGCUUUGGCAAAUUUCUGAAUUCAAUACCGUGGAGUUAAAUGUGAAUUUCCCAGUAAUUCAUGAAAAUGAGAAGGGCCGAAAUGACAGCAAUUGUAUUAAUGUAUUCGUUUUGGAUUGUGAUACCAUUGGACAAACCAGAGAGAAAAUUCUUCAAACUUAUCUCGACAUAAAAGGGUAUCCUUUUGUAAAUCAAGUCAGUGAUAUUAGUAUAGAAUAUCAUUAUGGUCAAACACAUAAAACACUGUUAGACAUUGAUGCAUCCUCUGUUGUUUUGGAUAGUGGAAUAAAGAAAUUAAAUACAAUAAAACACUACAAGAUUGAGAAUGGAGCAACGAUCAAUGUAAUUAAAGAUAAAUGUAACGAUGUAACAGACAUUGAAAAUCCCCAGUUGUAUUGUCAUCUGAUUUUAUCUGAUACCGAAGAAAAUGAGGCUUCUGAAAAUGGGGACGUCAAAGGCAAACAAAAGUUUAAAGUAAAAGAGCUCUAUCUGACAAAACUACUUUCCACUAAGGUUGCCAUUCACACUCCUGUGGAAAAACUUUUUCGAUCCAUAUGGACAAUACAUGGCCGGCCUCCAGUCGCCAUUAAAUACUUUUUUGAUUUCUUGGAUGCCCAGGCUGAAAACAAGAAAGUUUCUGAUCCAGACGUGCUGCACAUUUGGAAAACUAAUAGCCUUCCUCUACGCUUUUGGAUUAAUAUACUAAAAAAUCCGCAGUUUGUUUUUGACAUAAAAAAGACCGCCCUUUUGGACAGCUCCCUCUCAGUGGUUGCACAGGCUUUCAUGGAUGGAUUCUCUCUUGCGGAACAUCAGCUUGGAAAGUCCGCUCCAACCAAUAAGCUUCUUUAUGCAAAGGACAUUCCACAGUUCAAAGAGGAGAUUAAAGCCUAUUAUAAAGAUAUCAGGGACUCGCCAGCUGUUUCUACUGCAGAACUAAAGGAGUUCUUGAACUUGGAAUCAAAGAAACAUGAACAUGAAUUCAAAGAAGAUAUGCCAUUGCUGGAAUUGUACAAAUAUAUCGAAAAAUAUUUUGAUGUGAUCAUAAAUACUCUAGCGAGUGAGCCAGAACUUAAAGAUGAGAGUAAACAACUUUUGCAGGUCAAAGCAGUAUUUGAAGACAAGAAGAAGUGGAAGUGGGAAUGAGGAAGUGAAUGUCACUAGCGUGUUGCUAUGUCAGAACACACCCUGUCAUGCCCGCACUUACCAUACAUUUUCUGGUUAACACUCAGAGGUUACACUUUACUUUCCUCAACACGGAUUUUCAAGAUACUGGUUCGGCAAUUUAGAAAGCUUUGCAUAAACCUGUGAAUUAAAUCAUGCAGGAGGAUUGGAUAUUUAUUGGAAACACUGUGUAGAUUUUUCAUUUUACUAAAUGGUAUCAAGGGCCAGAUUUCAUGUACUUCAUACUAUGGAUUUACUCAGAAGGACAGUUUUUUGAGAGUGGUGCAAGAGACAAGUGGCAUGGAGGCAUCUUAGUAGACUGUC